AUGUCUUAUGAAAAAGAGUUGUUGGUGGCACAGCUUGCCGUGCAGAGAGCCUCUAUUUUAACACAGAAGGUGUUCCACGAGAAAGCCAAAGGAACACUAUCGAAAGAUGAUUUCUCCCCCGUUACAAAGGGAGAUUUCGGUGCCCAGGCUUUGAUUAUCCAGGCUAUACGUGCAAAUUUCCCGGAAGAUGAGAUUGUGGCAGAAGAGGAGGCAAGUUCCCUUCGUGAGAACGAGGGUCUGAAAAACGAAAUGUGGAAUCUUGUCAGAGAUAUCAAACUGGAUGACAAGGAGAGCGAUCGAAUCAUUGGUGGCCCCUUAAAAGAUGAAAAUGAAAUGCUUGAGGCACUUGACGGUGGCCAGAGCCCAGGAGGACCAACAGGCAGAAUAUGGGCCUUGGACCCCAUUGACGGAACGAAGGGUUUCCUUCGGGGGGGACAGUAUGCUGUAUGUCUCGGUUUGAUUGAGAACGGUGACGUUAAAGUUGGCGUGAUUGGAUGUCCCAACCUUCCCCUGUCCGACUCUGCACCACUCUCGGCGGAAAUUGGCCAAUCUGGCUCUGCUGGUUCAGAGACCGGUGUUCUUUUCUCCGCAGUUAGAGGUCAGGGAGCUACCAGUCGCCCGCUCUCUCAGGGCGGACUCCAGGAGGGUAAACCAAUCUCCAUGAAGCCAGUCAAAGAUAUUACCCAGGCCUGCUUCUGUGAGGGAGUGGAGGCCGGCCACUCUGCUCAAGAUGACAAUGCAGAAGUGGCCAGGCGACUUGGGAUUACUGGGCCUAGUGUACGGUUGGAUUCUCAAGCCAAAUAUUGUUCCAUUGCUCGCGGCGCUGGCGAUAUUUACCUCAGAUUACCUGUCCGCGCUGACUAUGACGAGAAAAUUUGGGAUCACGCCGCUGGUGACUUGAUCGUGAGGGAGGCUGGUGGUGAAGUUACCGAUAUCACUGGUAAACGAUUGGACUUCACCAAGGGAAGGAAAUUGAUAGCCAACAAAGGUGUCGUGGCAGCCCCGCAGUCAAUUUUCGGGCAAGUCAUCGACGCUGUUCGUGCCGUAUAUGCUGCCAAAAUCUGA